AUGUACCAUCAUCCCGAUAUCAAGGUCUAUGGGCUCUUAUUCCGAACGCUGCUUGCCCGGCCAGACCUGCGCUCCAGCGUCCGCGUCUUUUCAAGAAUGUAUGAGUCGCUGGAAGAGGACCCUGGUUGGAGACUGAAUACAAACCAUCCAGAAAGAGAAGAUUUUAACUAUCUAAAACUGGUAGCCCGCCAACUGAGACUAGGCGACGAUGGGGACCCCGAAUUUCAUGGCUCUUUCCGCUGGAUCUUUGGAAACCUUGAAGAUGACCUCUUUGGUUACGACAUGUUCAAGGCCCAUGCUACAUUUAAUAGUCUGAUCACAUCCAUUGUAUUGAUCUUGGCUACACAGAUUCAAGUAGCUGCCAUAGAUGUUGAUGAUGGGUUGUAUCGUCGAAAGAAUUGGGAACCCUUUGAUGGACAGUUCAUACAGCCUUUCCCUUAUUUACCCCGCUAUCUCACUCAAAAGAAAACGAGCUUUGAUUCAAUUCGUGCAAUCAUCUUCCGCAAUCCAUAUCAUUAUAUGCCGGACAACCUCGGGUUAUAUCGGCUAGCCUUUAUUUUUCCAGCUUUGCCCAAUGUACGCCACGUACUGUUUCAACACUUAGCUGGCGACCGACCGCAGUACUACGUUGCUGAUAAAUGCGAGGGCAUACGAUUACGACCUGAGCUGGAUUGGACAGCCUUACAAAGCCUUGAUAAUCUUUCCUUUCAUACUUGCGCCCGUCACAACGGCCCUAUUCCAUACAUCGGCAUCCAAGACUUAGUUCAAAAGUGCAAAAGUCUUUCUCGGCUCAUGUUCCGAUUCAAAUACCCAGAUAAACCCGACCUCUUCUCGCCGGUAGAUUUAGUGAGGGCCAUUUUACCGGCUGAGAAAACCCUUGUUUCCUUGGAACUAUUCUGUAGCAUUGCUAAGAUACCGCAUCAAUUAGACAUCACGUUACUAGACAAGACGAUCAAACAGUUUAUCAACUUGACACGACUCGUAUUAGAUGAGCAAUUGUUUUGCCAUCAUUGGACAUCCACAGCUGGAGACUGCCCCGACACAUGCUUGGUUGAUGUACUCCCUCAGACAGUCACUGACUUGACCGUACGACGGCACGACAAGUACAAGGCAGUACCUGAUAUCAUUCGACUUGGAGGAGAAACCAGGAGCGGAAAUUUUCCUUGCCUUGCGAAAUUGCAAAUCUAUGUCUUGAACGACUUGGGAGAGCUAUACUUCCACUGGCAUCAGAAUGAGCACUUGUUUGACUCGCAAUACUUGCUCCAUGGUAGCCUACAGAACAGUGGACGGAAAUACUCGAUGCAUUGGUCCUAG